UAUUUUAUAUUUGUUGUUUUUUAAGCAAAUAAUUAAAGGCUUCCAUUAUGUCGGACAGCGAUUUGGACGCUCUGCGCGCACAGCGCAUGUCGCAGAUGCAAUCACAAUUUGGUGGCGGCGGCGGCAUGAGUGCUGAGAAACAAGAGCAACAGCAAGAGCAGAUGCGCGCUCAGGAGGAAAUGAAGCAUUCAAUACUAUCUCAGGUUCUGGACCAACAGGCACGCGCACGCCUUAACACACUGAAAGUCAGCAAACCGGAGAAGGCACAAAUGUUCGAGAAUAUGGUUAUACGCAUGGCACAGAUGGGACAGGUGCGCGGCAAGCUGGACGAUGCACAAUUUGUUAGCAUUAUGGAGAGCGUCAAUGCUCAGAUGCCACAGGCCAAGUCCACUGUCAAGUACGAUAGACGCCGUGCGGCCAUAGACAGCGAUGAUGAUGAGGACUACGGUUGCUGAUUAACAGAGUCUGAUAUCUUAACUUAAGUAAAUCCAUUGCUACUACUCUCCAUGGUGAUUAUACACUAUGUUUAUUAAAUUAAAAAGGAAACACACAUACGAAGCUACAAAGCUAUACGAGAGCUCUGACAAUGUAAGAGAUUUACAACGGAAUUAGUUUAAAGUACACUACAUUAUAUAAAAGCGCAUUGUUAUUAAAAAAUAAGA